AUGAUUGUCCUACCGUCGACGCCACCGACCUGUAUUGCGUGCGAUGUCAAUGGCAAAGUGUUUGCAAGCGACAUCGAGAAUACCGUGGACGGAGACCCGCGGACGGCAGAGCCGCACGAUGUGAGGCAGGUCUGGGUGGCGACGAAGGUUGCUGGGUCUGAGGGUGUCAAUUUCAAAGGCCACCAUGGCAGAUAUCUAAGCUGCGAUAAAUACGGCAUUUUGAGAGCGACGUCGCCUGCCGUAUCCGGAUUUGAAUCUUUCGUCCCCGUUCCCUCACCAGAGUCGCCCGGGAUGCUCUCUUUCCAAAUAUGCGGCGGCGACAUGGAAGCGUUUCUCUCCAUCAAGGAGGACCCCUCCUCUACUGUGGAAAUCCGUGGCGACGCCGAAAAAGCCUCAUCCAGUACGGCUUUCCGUGUUCGCAUGCAGGCGCGGUUCAAACCGAAACUGAAAGCCUCUAGGGCGAGCAAGGCGCUUGAAAAGGUCACUCGCAAAGAGCUAGAAGCAGCGGUGGGCAGGAGGCUGGAAGAUCAUGAAGUGAAACGGCUCAAGAAGGCUAGGAGAGAAGGGAACUAUCAUGAGGAAAUUCUGGAUGUGAGAGUCAAGGGGAAGCAUGAUAAGUUUGCAUCGUGA